AUGGAUGUGUUUUCACAUCCUUCUGAGCUCCACGUCAGUGUUUACCCUACCCUCUGCAACAUAAGCGCUCAGGCCUGGCCAGCAGUUUGCCCUCGGCACCCAGCUCUCUGCCCCGCUCAGCAGAUGACCAGCCACUGGGACAUCUUCUUCUCCCAGACCUGCGCAGUGGAGCCAAUAGGAGCUUUGAAUCCCAAAAGAGCAGCGUUCUUUGCAGAACGGUUUGAGUCAUGGGAAGAUGAUCAAGUUCCCAAGUUCCACUAUGGUACUCAUUACUCAACUGCAAGCUUUGUUCUCGCCUGGCUUCUAAGAAUAGAACCCUUUACAACUUACUUUCUAAAUUUGCAAGGAGGAAAAUUUGAUCAUGCAGAUAGAACUUUCUCAUCCAUUUCCAGAGCAUGGCGAAACAGUCAGCGUGAUACGUCUGAUAUUAAGGAGUUGAUUCCUGAGUUUUACUAUCUCCCUGAGAUGUUUGUCAACGUCAACAAUUAUAACCUUGGAGUGAUGGACGAUGGGACGGUGGUGUCGGAUGUUGAGCUUCCUCCUUGGGCCAAAACCUCAGAGGACUUUGUCCGCAUCAACAGAUUG